UAGGGUUGCUUAAUUCACACGUGUUUACGUUGCGGCUCGAGCAACUGGUUCAAAAGUUUUUGUUUUUUAAGUUGGAAAAUUCCGUACAAAUUAAAAAUACUUAAAAUUGCAUUUAAAAAAAAAUGGGUCGCAACAGAAAGUCAAAUCCAUUUGCCGCAAAAAAGCGUCAGAAGCGUGAGAAUCAAGGUGUUGAUACGCGGCCGGUGCGCCAAGAGCCAUACGAAGAUAUUAAACGUGAAAACGCGGCAUUCAUUAAAUACUACCAGCUGCAAAGUAUAUGCGCCGACGAAAAUGAAUGGGAACAAUUUCUAGCUAAAAUACGCGAAAAUUUACCUGUAACAUUCCGUGUGACCGGUUUUCGUGGGGAAGCUAAAGCGUUGCUCGACAUUAUUGAGACCGAUUUAUUUGCCGAUUAUGUAGAUAGUGUAGCCGAAUUGCAUGGUGUACCUAAAGAAGACGUGGAACGGCCAUUACGCCUACCUUGGUAUCCCGAUGGUUUGGCCUAUCAGUUGCAAUUGACGCGCAAAGAUAUACGCCGCUCUGAGCCGCUGUUCCGCUUGCACAAUUUCUUAAUUACUGAAACUAGUGCUGGCAGUAUAAGUCGUCAAGAGGCGGUGUCGAUGAUACCACCACUUGUUUUGGAUGUACAACCCACUGACAAAGUGUUGGACAUGUGCGCAGCGCCAGGCUCAAAAACUGCGCAGUUGAUCGAAGCGUUGCAUAGUGCGCCGGAGAAACAUAAAAUACCACCAGGUUUUGUAUGUGCCAAUGAUGUAGAUAAUAAUCGUUGUUAUAUGUUGGUGCAUCAGGCGAAGAGGCUUAAUUCGCCGUGCUUUGUUGUAACUAAUCAUGACAGCAGUUUCUUUCCCAAUUUACUGCAAACUGAAGCUGAUGGUAGUAAAUCGAUUUUGAAAUUCGACAAGAUUUUAUGCGACGUGCCGUGUUCUGGUGAUGGCACGCUGCGCAAGAAUCCCGAUAUUUGGACGAAAUGGAAUUUAGCGCAGGCCUACAACUUGCAUGGCAUACAGUAUCGAAUUACGCGACGUGGUGCUGAAAUGCUUAAUGUCGGCGGCCGUCUGGUCUAUUCUACGUGCUCGCUAAAUCCCAUCGAAAAUGAAGCUGUGCUGCAGCGUGUUAUCGCAGACGCAGAUGGUGCUUUGGAGAUAGUAGACGCCGCUCAUUUAGUCCCCGGUUUGAAGUUUAAGCCAGGUAUGACGAAUUGGAAGUUGGCCACCAAAGAAGUGGAUCAAAUAUUCACCACUUUCGAUGAGGUACCCGAAAAGUAUCACACCGUUAUAAGACCCAAUAUGUUCCCACUGCCUAAAGAGCAAAUUGAAAAAAUCGGUUUGGAAAAAUGCUUACGCGUAUUGCCACAUCUGCAGGACUCAGGUGGCUUCUUUGUGGCAGUCAUUGAGAAACGUCGCCAAUUGCCUUUCGAGAAAAAUGAUUUGAAGGCCUUGCUUGAUAAACCCAAGCCAGAAAUUAAAUUAGACGAAAAUGGUCAGCCAAUUGAAGAGAAAUCUGUGCCAUGGGGCCCACAACGGAAGCGUCGUCGUCUGCACGGCUAUAAAGAAGAUCCUUACAUAUUCUUCGAAGAACAAGAUGCCGAUUGGGAUGAGUUAAAAUCCUUCUUUGCGCUCGAUGAUACACUAAAUAAGCGCUGUUUGCUUACACGUUGCGUCACCGAUAAGAAAAAGAAUAUCUAUUACUGUUCCGAGCCCAUACGCGAUAUGGUGCUGUUAAAUGAGGAUACUAUAAAAAUUAUAAAUACCGGUGUAAAAACAUUUGUACGCUGCGAAAAUCGUCAUACAGCGCAUCCAUUCCGUUUGGCGCAAGAAGGUUUGCAGACGACAAAUGCCUUUAUGGGCGCAAUAAGACGCAUAGAAAUCUCGCGCGAGGAUUUAAUUCUUCUACUCAAUUGCACUGAUCCAACAAAGCCACCAUCAACGCUGGAGUUAGCCGAGGAAACUCAGGCGCGUUGCAAGGAAUUAGGCGUUGGCAGUUGUAUUUUAAAAUAUGAAGAUUCACGUUUCACACUUUUCUUGGUCGGUUGGCGUGGCUCGUCCAGCUUACGCGCAUAUGUCGAUAGCAAUGAGACUGUGCAUGUCUUGCGUUUGUUGGGUGCUGAUAUCAGCAAAUUUGAAGUCAACAAGUACGAAAAGGCCAAGGAAGCUGCUGCAGCAGCUGCGGCUGAGGCUGAGGCUACAGCGGAUUUAGCUGAAGCGGCGGCAAAAAUAACUGCGGAUGAUGCGGUAGCACUUGCAGAGGAACAAGAGGAUGCUACGAUGUCUGUAAAUGGUUCAGAAGUGGUGACGGUUGCUGAGUAAUUUUAGCUAGCGUACAAUUUCAAUAUUAUUACAGUUAAGCUUUAGUUUGGUAUAAUUAAAUCAUUUAUAUUUUUUUUUUUAAAUAUAAAUAAAUGCUAUUUACAUAUGCGUAUGUAUUAA